UUAAAAAAGCGAGUUUGCUUGUAACAAAAGCAAUAAAUUCAAAUGGUAUAUUCUACACAUACGAAACAAUAUCACUCCAUAUCCUCCCAUCUAAAACACGUAUUUUCGACUCUGCGAAAACAAUUUCUCCCGCAGUUGGGGAACAACUUAAAACCCCAGCAUGGCUCGCAAGACGAGCUUUGUACAGGAGUUAAUAUUAUAUGCAAUAAGUGCAGCUGUGAGUUAUUUGGUAUUUGCAGCGGGUCUCAAGCAUCUUGACCCCAAUAAAGAAGCCACUAAAAAGGCCGCUGAACGAAAGAAGGAAAUAGCAAAGCGCCUGGGUCGACCCCUUAUUCAAACGGACACUUAUGAGGAUGUGAUAGCUUGUGAUGUUGUCAACCCAAAUGAUAUUGAUGUGACGUUUGACUCAAUUGGAGGGCUGGAAAAUAUUAAACAGGAACUCUAUGAAAUGGUUGUCCUUCCUUUACUGAGGCCCAAUUUGUUUGCACAAGGCAAACUUCUUGGCCCUCAGAAAGGUGUUCUAUUGUAUGGCCCACCUGGGACUGGUAAAACCUUACUUGCUAAAGCAUUGGCAAGAGAGUCAGGAGCAGUUUUUAUCAAUAUAAGGAUUGCCAAUCUGAUGAGUAAAUGGUUUGGGGACGCCCAAAAGCUUGUGAAUGCUGUGUUCACAUUGGCAAAUAAAGUUCAACCUGCUAUCAUAUUUAUUGAUGAGGCGGAUAGCUUUUUGGGUCAGCGUCGUUCCACUGAGCAGGAAGCUAUUGUACAAAUGAAGACUGAGUUCAUGGCAUUGUGGGAUGGUUUCACAACUGACCAAAGUGCUCGGGUUAUGGUUCUUGCAGCAACAAACAGACUUGAGGAACUAGAUGAAGCAAUUUUGCGUCGCUUUUCUCGAAAAUUUGAAGUUGGGUUGCCAAAUCGCUCAGAGAGAGCUAAAAUAUUAAAAGUGAUUUUAAAGGAUGAGAAUGUUGAGGAUAACGUUAACUAUGACCACAUAGCAAGAUUAUGUGAAGGAUACAGUGGCUCUGACUUAAUGGAGCUAUGCAAACAAGCAGCUUAUUAUCCAGUUAGAGAGUUGCUGGAGCAGGAAAAGAGUGGUCAGAUAACCUCUGAGACCCCGAGGCCUUUGAAACAGUCAGAUUUGGAGAAGGUCCUUUCCGUUACGAAGUUAUCAAAGGAUGCAGCAGCAGAUUAUGGAAUGAGGAGACAAACUAAUGUGCUAUCAAAUUCAGGAGCAUCAAGUGAUCAGGCAGACAUUAACUUAACAGAUUUAGCAAGGCUUUUUGCUAUGAUGGGUCAUGUACAACCGACACCAUCUGCGCCUGAAAAUAUUCCUGUAAAUAAGAGCAGUUCGAUCCCCGAAAAUUCUUAGUCAUGUUAUGCCAAUAAGUGAGAAAUUUAUUUUGGAGAGCUGCUAUAUGAUAGCCAAAUGUAAAUUUUUCUUUGAAUCUUACAAAUUAAUACUCUAAUGGCUGCAGCAGCCUGCCACAAAUUUUUAAUGCCAAUUUUUUUUGACAGCCUUUGGUCAAGCUAGAUGAAUGCAAGUUGAAGACUUGUUCAACUAUGCAUGGCAGGAAAGAAUGCUUUUAUUCAGAAGCAUAUCUUAUUUACUUGUUAUCUGAUCGUAAAGAUAACAGAUAACAGCUUAUUUGUUUCAGGCAAUAGUGACAUGAACAUAUGAAUUGUCAUCUUGCGAACAUUUUGUUCCUAUCUUUGCCUUUAUUAUACAGGAUAAUUGGCUGUUAAUGA